CAGACGUGGCAGCACCCGCAGUGGCGGUGGCGGGUCCGGCGCGGCGGCGAUGGCUGUGCCGGGGCAGGGUGCGGAGGCCGCGCGGCGCCGCAGGCGGCUCCUGCUGCCGCUUCUGCUGCCGCUUCUGCUGCUCGGCCUGGCGGCAUUCUUGCCAGCAUUCGUGUAUUCAUUGAAGGUGUCUCCACUCAUAGAAAAAAUAAGUGACCACAAGGAUUUUAAGAAGCUUCUCAGGACACGGAAUAACGUACUAGUGCUGUAUUCCAAAUCUGCUGCUGCUGCAGAAAGCUCACUCAGGUUACUGUCCAGCGUGGCCCAGGAGGUGAAAGGACGAGGUACUAUAAGUUGGAUAGACUGUGGUGAUACUGAAAGCCGAAAAUUAUGCAAGAAGAUGAAAGUAGAUCCUAAUUCAAAGGAGAAAGGAGUGGAAUUACUCCAUUAUAAGGACGGUGCAUUUCAUACUGAAUAUAACAGAGCGGCCACACUGAAGUCUAUGGUGGCCUUUCUGAAGGAUCCAGAAGGUGCUCCACUGUGGGAGGAGGAUCCUGAAGCCAAAGAUGUUGUACAUGUUGACAGUGAAAAGGAGUUGAGGAGGCUUCUGAAGAAAGAAGACAAACCCCUUCUAAUGAUGUUCUAUGCCCCAUGGUGUGGUGUUUGUAAGAGAAUGAUGCCAUCUUAUCAGCAGGCAGCCACAGAACUGAAGGGUAAAUAUGUUCUUGCGGGGAUGAAUGUUUACUCUGCAGAAUUUGAAAGGAUAAAGGAAGAAUACAAUGUCCGGGGAUAUCCUACAGUCUGCUAUUUUGAGAAAGGAAAGUUCCUGUUCCACUUUGAGAACUAUGGUGCUACUGCAGCAGAUAUAGCAGAGUGGCUGAAAAACCCACAGGCACCUCAGCCGCAGGCACCAGAGACUCCCUGGGCAGACGAAGAAAAUGUAGUUUAUCAUCUGACUGAUGAGGACUUCGACAAGUUUUUGAAAGAUCAUUCAUCUGUGCUAGUGAUGUUCCACGCACCAUGGUGUGGGCAUUGUAAGAAAAUGAAGCCAGAAUAUGAGAAGGCUGCAGAGUUUCUCCAUGUAGCCAGUGAUAGUCCAGGUGUCCUUGCAGCAGUCGAUGCUACCGUCAACAAGGCGCUGGCAGAAAGAUAUCACAUCUCAGGGUUUCCUACUUUGAAGUAUUUUAAAGAUGGAGAGGAGAAAUACACUCUGCCACACCUCAGAACAAAGAAGAAGAUCAUCGACUGGCUACAAAAUCCUGAAGCACCACCUCCACCUGAGCCUGCAUGGGAAGAAAAACAGACUAGCGUUAUCCACCUUGCUGGCGAAGACUUCAGGGAGUCCUUGAAGAAGAAGAAGCACACCCUUGUCAUGUUCUACGCACCAUGGUGUCCCCACUGUAAAAAUGCCAUUCCGCAUUUUACAACUGCUGCUGAAGUCUUUAAAGAAGAUCGAAAGAUUGCCUAUGCUGCAGUGGACUGUGCCAAAGGACAGAAUCACGACCUGUGUAAGCAGGAGGGGGUUGAUGGCUACCCCACCUUCAACUACUACAACUACGGGAAAUUUGUGGAAAAAUAUACCGGAGAAAGAGGGGAGUCUGGAUUCACCACUUUCAUGCGAACCCUGAGAGAAAGAGACCAUGAAAGAGUAGGAAAGAAGAAGGAUGAAUUGUAGUUUCUGCCUCAAAAGAAGCUUUCCGCUGCACUGUGAAUGGUUCCAGGUCUUUUGUUAAUGCACCUGAGACUUCACAUAUUCUCAAGAUAGAGACUUUUUUUUUAUAAACAGCCAUGGCCAUUUUGUACAAUUUUGAAAUAAAGUGAAACCACUUGAUUUUUAAAAGAAAAAUAAAUUAGAAUGUUGCCAUAAUGUUUUAAAGAAAACUUGGCAUUUUCUCUCAUUUUUGGGAGACUAUGCCCACUGACACUCCUAUGCAAUAUUUUUGUAGUCCGUAGUGUGUCUGUAGGUGAUGUUGUUUGAUAGGGUGAAUUGUUUUUUUAAAGGUAUUGCUGUACAUGGAAAGAACAAAGGGAAGGGACAUGGGUGUUUUUGUUUGGGUUGUUCUUUGGGGUUGGGGGGGGGGGGGGGUGUGUUUUGGUUUUUAAACCAGUGAAGGAAAAUGGGACUUGUAAGACACAGAUUUAUCCAAUUGCAGUUUUACAUUCUUCUGAAAUAGUUACAUGUUCUUCAGUUAGAUUUGGGGGAAUGAUUUUAAGGUGCUCAGGGAUAAAUAAGGUAUCUGAGUUAAUGAAGACAUUAACAUGGAGCAGUCCAGAUCUGUUGGUUUCAUUUAAAUCUCUCUGGUCUUUGAAUCAGGACUGUUUACAUACCUUUAUCGAAUGUAUUGAGUAAAUUAAGCCAAGUAUCAAAAAACGGCAGAGCAUGAGUAAAAUUAAAGCAAACCCUUCUUUUUUGGCAUCAACAUUGUCAAAUGCAUCUGUAAGUUAUGGCAGGAGUGAUUAUCUUACAGGGGUAUACGCUUACCCUGAUAGGGUAUGCAGUCUCCUGUCAGAUUGGGCCAUAUGAAAUAUGUGUUGGAAAGUGUUAUGUUCAACUGUUUUGAUAAAUGCAUAAUGCUUCUGAUAAUGCAGUAAUUAUGUAUAUUUUACGUGUUUACAUUUCAAAGGUUUAUCUGCAGUUGUAUGUGGGAUUUUUUUCCUUUUUGCUUUUAAGGAGUUGCAUAAACAAUCUCUCUCUGACAAAAUCAUCACUGUAAGACCUGUAUUAGCAGCAGCUGAAAUCUGUUUCACUCCUGAUGCUUAAAAAGGUUGAUCUGGAGGUACUUAUGUCUUCAUAGGAGGGGAGAGGCAGGGCAGGAAGUUGUGAUUCACUUUGAACUAAAAAUAAAUUUUAAAAAAGACAA